GGAGAUACUAUUACUAUGCCUUGUCGUCUAGAAGUACCAGAUGGUCUUAUGUUUGGAAAAUGGAAAUAUGAAAUGCCAAAUGGAUCUCCAGUAUUUAUUGCCUUCAGAUCAUCAACAAAAAAAAAUGUACAGUAUGAUGAUGUACCAGACUACAAAGACAGGUUGAGUCUCUCAGAAAACUAUACAUUAUCCAUCAAGAAUGCAAGAAUCAGUGAUGAAAAGAGAUUUGUAUGUAUGCUAGUUACAGAAGAUGACGUUUCCGAAGAGCCAACGAUAGUCAAAGUCUUCAAACAACCCUCUCAACCAGAAAUCCUACAUCAAGCAGACUUCUUGGAAACAGAGAAGCUACAAACGCUCGGGGAGUGCGUCGCACGGGAGAGUUAUCCUGAAGGCAAUGUUACGUGGUACAAAAAUGGGAGAGUUUUGCAGCCCGUGGAUAAAGUUGUGGUCAUAAAUUUGCAAAAGACUGUGGACAAAUCAACUGGACUCUUCACCAUGACGUCAUCUCUUCAGUACAUGCCAACAAAGGAAGAUGCAAAUGCCAAGUUUUCUUGCAUUGUGACGUAUUUUGGACCAUCUGGCCAGAAAACAAUACAGUCUGAACCGGUUGUCUUCGAUGUUCACUAUCCAACAGAGAAGGUGACUAUUGAAGUGCUGCCACAAAGUACUACUGUUAAAGAAGGCGAUAACAUCACUCUGAAGUGCUCAGGAAAUGGCAACCCUCCUCCACAGGAGUUCCUGUUUUACAUUCCAGGAGAAGCAGAAGGUAUAAGAAGCUCAGAUACUUACAUAAUGACAGAUGUGAAGCGAAAUGCAACGGGAGAAUACAAGUGCUCUCUGACUGACAAAAGCAUGAUGGACUCGACCAUCAUCACUGUGCACUAUUUGGAUUUGCAGCUUACUCCUAGUGGAGAAGUCACCAAACAGAUUGGAGAGGACCUGCCUGUGUCAUGCACGAUUUCUUCUAGUAGAAACGCAACUGUGUUUUGGAUAAAGGACAAUACCAGAAUGCAAACAAGUCCAUCAUUUUCAAGUCUUCAGUAUCAAGACGCUGGAAACUACAUCUGCGAAACUACUCUACAGGAGGUUGAAGGGUUAAAGAAAAGAAAGACACUUAAACUUAUUGUGGAAGGAAAACCUCAAAUCAAAAUGACAAAGAAAACCAACACAAAUAAAAUGUCUAAAACAAUUGUCUGCCACGUGGAAGGUUUCCCCAAACCAGCGGUGCAAUGGACAGUUACUGGUAGUGGAAGCAUCAUAAAUAAAACAGAGGAGACCAAAUAUGUUAAUGGAAAAUUUUCCAGUAAAAUUGUAAUUGCUCCCGAGGAAAAUGUGACUUUAACUUGCAUCGCAGAAAAUGAGCUAGAAAGGACUGUGACCUCCCUGAACGUCUCUGCUAUAAGUAUUCCAGAAUACGAUGAGCCAGAGGAUAGAGGUGAUGACAAUAGCGAAAAGGUUAAUGACCAGGCAAAGCUAAUAGUGGGGAUUGUAGUCGGUCUUCUGCUGGCUGCUCUGGUUGCAGGUGUUGUCUACUGGCUCUACGUGAAGAAAUCAAAGACAGCAUCCAAACAUGUAGACAAAGAUCUUGGAAAUAUAGAAGAAAACAAAAAACUAGAAGAAAACAAUCAUAAAUCUGAAACUUAA